UUCACUAUCUCUCUCAAAAGGAAUUAAUGGAUAAUGCAAACUGAAUCGGAGCCCGUCGCUAAUGGCGCCAACCCUAACUUCGAAUUCCUUCCUCGUAGGCGUCGCUCCGCAUCGGAGCCACCUCGCACUCCACCGCCGGAGGCUCGCCGUCAAGGCGUUCGCCAAAGCAGCGGCCGGCGGCGACGAAGGAGGCAAUUCCAGCCCCUUCCGGUUCGAUUUCGCAAAAUUGGGCGAUGUGAAGUCGUUGGUGCCGGCGGUGGCCAAUCCGACGUCGGGAUUGAGCUUCGGGAGGCGCAAGGAUCCGGCGACGGUGUUCGUCGCCGGCGCGACGGGGCAGGCGGGGAUCCGCAUUGCGCAGACGCUUCUGCGCCAGGGUUUCAGUGUUAGGGCAGGCGUACCUGACCUUGCGGCUGCGCAGGAAUUGGCUCUUCUGGCGGCUAAGUAUAAGAUCAUCUCUAACGAAGAAUCAAAGAAGCUGAAUGCAGUAAACUCAACUUUUGACGACGUGGAAUCAAUCGCAAAGGCAAUUGGGAAUGCCAGCAAAGUGGUGGUGACGAUUAGUCCGGCAGAGAACGGUCCCUCUGCAGAAGUGACGACAUCGGAUGCAUUGAGGGUGAUUCAGGCUGCGCAGGCGGCGAACGUUGGCCACAUUGCGAUAAUAUAUGACACCAGUUCUGGAAACUCUUCUUCUUACAAUGUUCUUGAUGGGAUCACAUCGUUCUUUAGCAACCUGUUCUCGCGAGCUCAGCCCUUGACGGCUGUGGAAUUUCUGCAGAAAGUUGUGGAGACUGAUCUCGGGUACACUUUGAUUCGGACAAGGCUGACGGAUGACUUCUCUCCCGAGAAUUCUUACAAUGUGAUCGUGUCGAAUGAAGAGUCGAGCGCAGGUGCCGAGUACAAAGUUACAAAGUCACAGAUAGCUUCACUGGUGGCUGAUGUUUUCUCCAAUGUAGAAGCUGCAGAAAAUAAGGUUCUUAACGUUACCACAGAUCCAACAGCUCCCUCAAAGCCAAUUUCCGAUGUUCUUAGAGACAUUCCAGAGGACAACAGGAGAAAGCUUUACGCCGAAGCCGUCGCCAAAGCCAAGGCCGAAGAAGAAGCCACCCGAGCAUCACAAGAACCCGAGGAGGCCACCACAAAGCAAGAACAACAACCCAAAACUCCGAAAGAAGACACUCAGGCUGCAAAGCUAGCAGCCGAAGCCCAAAAAUUAGUCGAGGCUGCAUCAGUCGACGCCUUUUUCACCAAAGCUAAAGACAUCACUUCCGGAUUCUCUUGGGACAGCUUUAGCGCUCAGCUUAAAUCCGCAGUUCAAAAACCUGAGGGCGAGAACGAACCUAAAGUGGAGGUUGCCACAGUCAGGGGACAGGCGCGCGCUCGAAGCCUACCUGCCCAAAAGGCAUUGGUGAAAAAUCAAGCACGCCCGUCGUCUACUAAAUCAAGAAUCGCGCCUAAACCGAAGGCAAAACCGGCGGCUGAGACGAAGGUGGAAACGAGGAAGGUUUUUGGCGGAUUGUUUAAGCAGGAAACAAUCUACGUCGAUGAUGACUAGAUUAUGAUAGUCGGGGAUUUGAGAUUGUAUUCGGUUAAUGCGCGCCGAGAAGCGGCAGCGGCGGCGUUCCGCCGAUAUUGUGCAGAUAGUGUAAACUUGUACACUACACUACACUUAUUGUAUGAUAGGGAUGCAGGCAUAGGUGCUUUUGGAUGAUGCUAAGGUUCUAUUCAAAUUUGUGUAUUUAUGUAUUUUUUGCUUUGGAAAGAGAACAUUUUGUUUGUGUGAAAAUGUUUUGUAAUAUGAAUAAUGUAAAUGGAACACUACAUUUUUACUAUA